UAGAAAUAGGAACAAGUUUAAAAUAUAUCAGAUAUAAGUAAGCAUGGAAAAGAGGAAGAUUGGUUUUGAGGAUUCAGCAGAAGCAAAGGAGAAGGGAUGUGAUCAAAACAAGAUGAAUUACUUAGGAGUGAUGAUCAAAGCUCAAAUUCUGAAGAAACUGGGCAGUUUUGGAGGGUUUAAAGUUGAGAAAUUAAAAGGGUUGUUUCAUGGAGAUAUGAAGAAGGGUGAUGAUCUGAAUCUGUUGGUGUUCAAUAAGUCCAAUUCAUCACAGUUCAAGGCAUGGGGACUGAGAGUCACAUGUGUCAUGCUUCUUUGGACCAUCAUUGCAGUUUACUGUAAAGGCAUUGGAGAUGAGUUCAAACCCACCUCCUUCUUCAACACUGAUCACUCUGCAAUUUCACAUUCUUUUCCUCGUCAAAGGAUUUAUGAGAAUAAUGGGUAUCUAAUGGUUUCUUCUAAUGGAGGACUCAAUCAAAGGCGAGCUGGGUAA